AUGGCAAAGCUGCACAACCCAAUAGUGGGACUACUGCUGACUGUGCUGCUGCUACUGCAAGAUGCCUAUGGAAACCCAGCUGUGUUCUCUACUAAAGGAGGGGCCGCCACUCUGCCCUGUGCUAAUGUGCAAUAUCACCGAGACUGUUCAUCAACUACAUGGAUCUACAGCAGGAACAGCUCAACAGCCGCUGUUGAGGAAGUCACCCUUGGGAAGAUCAGACCAGAAAACACACAGAGAGCUGAGAGGCUGAGUCUGCUCCCCAACUGUUCUCUCCACAUUACUGAUGUCACCACUGAGGACGCUGGACUCUACACCUGUCAGCAGUACCCAAAUGGACAGAAAUAUGGAGAGGAUGCUCAAGUCCACCUUUCUGUUCUUCACACUGCCUCAAGACUGGCUGAAAAGGGACUUGAUGUGAUCAUCUUCUGCCUCCUGAACAUCUUUGAUGGCUGCAACAGUUUAGGCCAGGAUAGGCAUCUUAAUCUGCAGUGGCUGAAUGCCAAAGGAGUUGUGCAGAACUCAGACAACGUCAUGAUUGGCAGAGUAACUCAAUGUGACAUUAAUUUGACUCUGAAGCACCCCGUUCUCCCUCAGAGGACUUGGAGAUGCCAGCUGACUGCAGGAGGGCACGUUCAAGCUUCUGUGUCCCACACCAUUGGAGAGACUACAAGAUCAACACCAAAAAGGACAACAACGACCACUGUCACUACCACUUCCACCACAACAAAAGCAACAAUAACAACAAUAGCAGUAGCAGCAGCAGCAACAACAACAGCAACAUCACAACAAACCAGUUUCCCUUUUAUUUUCAUCUCUGCUGUGGUGGCUGGACUGGCUGUUUGUCUGAUUAUAAUUCCUCUCAUGGUGCGAUGGAAUAGGACAAGAGAGAAAAGCUCAGGAGGUGGAAAGACCCCCCAGCAGAACACUGGUGUUGCAGAUGCCAACCGCUCUUCCACAGUGCAACCAUCUGUGGUCAGUGUAGAAUCUGGUGAUGAGACUCAGUGUGCAGACACUGUCCUCUAUUCCUCUGUGAACAAAUCUGCAAACCCUGCUGCUAAACUGGGUGAUCCUAAGGAGCCAGGAGAUGUAACAUAUGCUGCUCUUGCCCACCACCCUCGAACACAAGCUCUCCCUCCUGCUACGCAACAUGAAGACAGUGUGACCUACGCCACUGUCCACAUCAUGCACAAGGAUUAAAGCAAGACGAUAUACACGACCCGAGAACUUCUUCUUGAUGGCUGGGAACUGUUAAAAAAUAUUGUUUGUUUUUUUUAAGGUAGGCUAAGCCCGAGUCAUAUGAACUUUUACUAUCUGAGAAAUGCAAUGUACAGACUGAUUCAAGGCUUAAGGUUCUCAAAAAGAUGGAAUUCAGGUGCAUGCGGAAUUCAGGUUGCGGAAUUCAGAACUGUGCUGGAAUUCAGGUGUGGGUCAAGUGUGUCCAUUUAAUAUUUGAAAAUAGAUAUCUACAGGCUACAAUAGAGUUGUAAUUUUUCAGAAAUUCAGGCACAGAAAUAUUCCUUGCUUUAAGCCCUUAUGAUUUCAAAACAUGUUUUUAAGUAUUUUCAAGUGUUACUUAUGCAGGUCUGCACCACCACGUAUGCACAUGACAUGAUAAAUAUUCAGGUAUCUCUUUCAUGAUGAAUCAGAUGUAAUUAUGGUAUGGAAAACGUUAAACUUGUGAUUUUGUUAAUAUAUUUGUUAAUAUAUUUUUUUGGCUUUUAUGCCAAACCUGAUUCCCCAGUGGGCACAUGGACCCACAUAUGGUGUGGGCGUUGUGUAGCGCCACACCGACCCCCUAAACUUGUAAUUUUCUUGUAAAUAUAUUUGUAAUAAACAAAUACUGUAAAUGAUAAGGUCCUCAGCGUAAAGCCUACAGUAGAGAGUGGAAAUAGGACUCGGAAUGCAGUGCAACUCAGAAAUCUUCUAAUGGCAUCUUUUGGACGCUCCCUUGAGUUCAAAUCGCCUUAUUCACCCGGCGGCCAGAGUGAGGCUACAGGGUACAUUUGCCAUUACACUUCAGUCCAGCAGAUG